UUCACCGGCCGUGGCCAUUUAGAAUAGAUCACUGAACUAGGCUAGGCGACGCGACGAAAGGAUUUUCACGGGUCUCCUUUCUUACGUUCAGCCAAGUAAGAAAGUAUGCCAUGGAUGUAUAACUUGGAUAUAUAUUUCUGGAGGUGUGGAAAGCCCUUCAGCGGGGAAUGUCAGGAAAAUGCAGUAGGAAAAUUACUAAAUUCCUACUCUGAAAAACCCAAAUUUUGCCGGGUCGUUUAUACAGAUAGAGCAGAAGCCGGACCCACCAUCACCGGUGCACUUCGGCCCUGAGCUUCCGGGUAGCACUUGCUGGCAAUCUGGUAGUAGUGCUAGCUGGAGAGAGGAGUUAUGGCUGAAGCUGAAGCGAGUGCAACCGACGGCGAGGAGGAUGGAAAGUUACGCGAUUCAUCUGAAAAGUUACGGGAUUCAUCUGAAAAUGAUGGGAAUGGUAAGAGGAGGUUUGUACCCAAACCCAAUAGACUGAAGCUUGACAGAGAAUCACAAGCCCUUACAGAGAAGAUCAGUGCUAAGGAGGCUGAACUGAAAGCUUUGGGUAGACCUAAUAACGACAGUUCCCCUGCUGAAACAGCAGAAAGAGAAGUCCUCAUCAAGGAGCAGAAAAGCACCAGAGAAUUAAAAGAAUCUACCAUCACCAAACGCAAGGAGUUUGACGACAACAUCCAUAAACUCAGCGAUGAUAUCUCAAAAAAGAGCGACGUCCUGUCCAAGAUCAAGGCCAACCUGCCUCACAAGACAGAGAAGGCUAUCGAUGACAACAUCCGCAAGCUGGAGUACCAGCUUCAGACCCAGCACUUCAAGCUACGAGAUGAGAAACGCAUCGUCAAUGAAAUCACCAAACUCAGACGAUCAAAGAAAGAAGUCCAUGAAUACCUUGCAAAGAGGACAGAGAUUGAAUCCUACAUCCGGAAGAAGGAGGAGAUGAAAAAGCAGAGAAAUUUCUACUUCAAGAAAGUAACAGAGCUGAAGUCUAAAGAAGAUGAAAUACGCCAGAAGCUUUUCAGGAUGAAGAGCAAGACCGAUGAGGCUUGGACCAGGUACAGAGAGGCUGGACCACAGAGAGAUAGAAUUAAGAAAGAAAUUGACAGCUUGUAUGACAUGCGACGGCAGCUCAAUGCCGACUUCCAACUGCAGAUGCGUGAUUACCGGGAGUUUAGUGAGCUUCAGAGGUUGGAGAAUGAGCGACAGAAAGAAGAGGAGAAGAAAGCCCAGGAAGCCAAUCACAAGAGAGAAUGGUUUGAGUACGAAACGACGAGAGAACCAUUCCAAGAAGAGCGUGCCCAGAUUGAAUGUCUAGUAACCUAUCUCCAUAGACUGCUACCCAAGGGAGAGGGACAGGCGUUGUCACAAGGGGGUAGCCCUCUCAGUGGGGCCAGUCCAUCUUCCUCAGUGAGUUCCCUUGGUCGAAGUUCAUCAUUCAAGGACGAGGAGGGGUCAUACACCAUUCUGAGAAAGAAAGGUGAUGAAGAUGAUGAGGUGUUUGAGAAAGCUGCCAAUUUGAAGAAGAAGAAGAGCAAGAGAAAGUCGUGGUUGAGCAAGCCUCUUCGCCACAGCCGUGAGAUCUUCAACCAGUUUACCUCUCUGGGUCUUUCUGCUCCUUCUACUGCCAUGGAGAUCCAGGAUGGUCUAGAUAGGCUCCUAGCCAAGAUGCAAUAUUACGAGGAUGCUGCCGCCAGUGUGAAGAUGGCCCACAGUGCAAUACCCCAGGACCUGAGUGCAUCCUCCUCUUUCUCAUCAGGUGUUGUCACGGCAACGGAUGUUGAGGACACGUUCGACUUCCCAGAGGAUAUACCCCAGGAUAGCGUGCCAGGUGAUGGCUGGCUGGGGGCCGGUGUUCGAGAUGGUGAGGGUGAUGGUGGUGAAAGUGCUGCAAAUAUGAAAGGAAAAAAACUCGGUGAUGAUGAGGAUGGAGUCCAAGAAGAUGGAGGAGAGAGUGAAGAGCGGGAGGACAAAUGCUUCCAGGAGGAUGUGCCAAGUAUACGAGAACCCUCUGGUGAUGAGGGAGGGGACGUAUCUGUAGCUGAUUUAAGCCUGGGAUCCUCGAAGGUGGUAGAUGAUGAGUCGGGGAGCGUAAAGCUGCAAGUAGAGGGCACUGUUCAGAGUGAUGAAAGCGGGAGCAGCGGGAGUGACGACAGCAAGGAAGCGGGAGAUGUGACCGAUGAUAGCGAGAGCACCGUUGUGGCCAAUGAAGGCGAGGGUGGACAAAGCUCGCCAGGUGAUGGGAGUCCUGCAACAAGGGGAGGGCAGAUGGUGGCAAAUAUGGAUGCAAUGGCAACAAAUAUUGUUGUCGGUGACGCAGAGCGUAUCGCUGAGGGCCAAACUGAACCUGUAUCAGGAGAAAGCAAUGUUACCAUGACGAUUCCUGAUAUAGGAGACGACGAGGUGGAUAAAGAUCGGGAAGAUAGCGGGAUGGGAGACAUCCAGGAUGGAGAAUCCAAGAAGGGAGGGAUUGUGGAGAGAAAGAACGAGAAACUCAAGUUGAUUGUGACGCGAAAGAGCGAGAAGGAUCUCGAGACCAAAGCCGAUCUCCUCAUGUCCUCCCAGAUGGAAUACAGCAGUGACUAUGCCUCAAAUUCCACCGGUAGUGCCGUUUCCACGCCAACAGACAUUCUCCUGAAACGGGAGCCGCUCCUGGACACCAGCUCGUUGUGCAGAGAUACGAACGAGGUGGAAAUGUCAGGGUUCGUGUUAGGCAGCGAGGAGGAAGGAGACUGUGAAAGCAUUCUGAAUGCAAACAACAAUAGUUCAACUCUGACCUCCCAGCAUGCUUUGCAAAGACCGCACCUUGGUUCGUUCGGACAGGAACAAAUAGCAGGAGGAGAAAGAGAAAAACUUGAUGUCUUUCAGUCCGUCGAUCCUCCCAGUUUUCCUGUACGGGAAGAAGAAUUAUGAUGAUUGUCGCCAGAAGUUUUUUCAGUCUUUUUUUAUGUAUGUUUCAACACCUACAAUGUACGUUAAUCUCUUGUGGAAUGUGUGUUGUCCUUGUAAAGACAUCAAUUGAUUUUCUUCAUGACAUUUAUGCAUUUUCAAAUUUUUCACAUAUUAUAUAUGUUUAUUUUACUUUCAUGUAAUGAAAGCAAUUUUUGUCUUAUAUUGUAAAUUGUCUAUCUCUUAUCCCCGCACAUACAACACUAUAUCUUGCACAACAUAGUGAAUUAUGCAUAAUGACUCUAAAUGUUUUGUUUCCACUCUUUACUGAAGAACCUUAGGGGCUUUUAAAGUGAUGUCCAGGCUCACACAUGCUCUGCUCUCGUAAGCCCCAAAAUGCUCACAUUUGUACUAGAUAUACACAAGUGUUUAUUUCUGUGCAAAGCUGAUUUGAGCAGGCUUUUGAAGUUCAAAGUGCCAUUUGAUAUUCGUCUUGUCUGGAAAAUGCUUGAAUAUUUACAUUUUCAUGUCGAUAUAUACCGUUGCCUCUCCGUGCCGUCGGCUUCUCUCUUCCUACAUGUUGAUGUAGAAAAGGGGAAAUGAUUUUAUUUUGGUGGUGCAACUAAUAGAAAGUCGAUUGGCUGUUAAAAUGCAACAAAAUGCUGUAGAUACAUUGUAUCUCAGUUAAACAUUUUUUUGCUGUCAUGGCAUAAGAUAAAAAUGUAAUUGAUUUGUUGGGAUUAUUUGCACCAACUGCAUUCUUUUGAAUGAUUGAAAUUGUCUGCGUGUUUUAAGCAGUGUUUCUGUUGCAAGUGCAGACCCAAUUAACAUUUAUUUUGAUUCGUUGAACUUGAAUAGACUAUAGUAUGAUCUCUCGAUGGAGGGAAGGAAAUACAUAACUUUUAUCUUGAAUAUUUACACAUGAUACACAUGUUUGUAUGUGUUGUAUUGCUUUUAUCAAGGGGUUAUCUUUUUCCUCCAUUUUAUGUUUUUCUUUAGGAGAGAGAGGAACAUCAUUGAAAUUAUGAAUGUUUUCGAAUAAUGUUUAGAAAAUCAUACUAUUCUGUCAUAUUUGCUACUUCUAUCUUUUGGAUCAUUGAUUUUGCAAUUUGCUUUGAAAAGUGGAUGAAACAGAGAAAGUAAAAGUCGUCGUAUUUGAGAGAGAUAUGUUUUAUAUCAGCUUUGGGUUGUUGUAAUGUCAGGAAUAUUAUGUAAAGUUGUAUAAUCUAUAUCAGAUAUUCAGGUAUACGAUGAAAGGAAACGAGUGGUAUAUGUUUUAUGAUGUAAAUAUAAAACAAUAUGGCAGAUGACUAUGAAAAAUUAAUAUAUUCUUGAAAUCAAUAGUUUAUCAAAAAUUUGCUCUUCCUUUGGUGUUGAUUCAAAACAUGAUCAAAAAUAUGACAGGGAUGUUAUUUUCAUUUUGCUUAUUCCUAAUCCAUGAUAUUUAAUGUGGUAUACUUGUUUGCUUAUUCAGAUUUGUUGACAAUUUACCACUUACAUGGACAUGUUGGAAUAAAAAGAAGACAAAAUGGUCAUCAGGUUAGUAAGGAACUAUGAAUAUAUUUUGUAAAAAGAAAAAAGAAAAAAGAAAGAAA